AUGUAUCCCAGGACAGCUGCAAGAUGUCUUUUGCGCACCAUUGGUGCCGCACCGGUUAGAAACGCCAUCCCGUCUCUUCGACCUACACGAGCUAUUUCGUCUCCACAUACAGCAUCGACUCUAUCGAUUGCGGAGAGGCGACGACAUUACCUCCAAAGCUCCUCCUUCCACACGUCCUCCACACUGCGGGCGCAGUCACCUACAGCAGAUGCCCUCAUGGAAAAUCUGACUGACCUGUAUGCGACGGCAAGAGACGAGUUCGAGAUCGCGGCAGAAGAGACCGAGAAGAAGACGGUAUAUGCUGCGGACGACCGAGAGGCUGCGGUAGCUGCUUUGCAAACACUGAAAGACGCGUUCGAAAAGGCUGUUAAGGAAAGCGACCCAGAAGUGGGCAAAGAGAUUCAGAGCAGGGUUGGCCAGAGAAUAAGAGAACUAGAAAACGCCAUCAAAGCAAUGGAGCAAAUGGCCAUGGAGGAUUAG